AUGAGAGAGCUCAAGUAUCAUGAGCGGAAGCUCUUGAAAAAGACAAACUUUUUCGACUGGAAGAGCGAAGAUACGCACAGAGAGACCAAGAUACUGAGGCGGUACAUGAUCCAGGAGCCAGAGGACUACCACAAGUACAACAAACUGGUCGGAAACAUUACAAAGCUGACAAACGAGCUCAGAAAGCUGCCGGAAGAUGACCCGUUUAGGAUCAAAAUGACGGAUGCCCUGCUGGAAAAAUUGUACCAAAUGGGAAUCAUCUCUCUGAGGUCAAACUUGGAGGUCUGCGAAAAGAUUUCCGCCUCGACGUUUUGCAGAAGGAGGCUGGCAGUCGUGCUGGUCCAACGCAAAUUUUGCGAGCACCUCAAACAAGCCAUUACCUACAUCGAACAAGGACAUGUCCAGGUCGGAAUGGAGGUGAUAAAUAACCCAGCGUACCACGUGACGAGGGCGAUGGAGGACCACAUUACCUGGUCCCAGGGCUCCAAGAUUCGGGAAAAGAUUGCGAGCUUUUCCGGCGUUACCGACGACUUUGAGCUUCUCGGUAACUAG